AUGCAAUUCUCCAAGCUUGUUGUCUCUGCUGUUGCCUUUGUCGGUCUGGCUAGCGCACAAAACGCCUCGAACCAGACCACGACGGGCGGUGCCGCCGCGCUCGGCGGCUCCAACGCGGCCUUGAGCGCCGGCGUCGUCGGCGCUGCCGCCGCCGGCGCCUUGGCGUUCCUGUUCUGA